AUGGGAGAUGAAGUCGAUCGAAGAUUAUAUGCGGUUUUGGAUGAGGCUGUCGAUGAAUAUAUUGAAGAUACAUUCAACAACAUCGUCGAAAAUCGAACAGUUAAACCGAGGAAACGUGCAUAUGUCGAACGAAACCGCGAAGAGGGCCACAACCGUCUAUGGAAUGAUUACUUCAGUGAAGAUUCCACAUUUCCGGUUCAUUUAUUCAGACGCCGUUUCCGCAUGAACAAGGAAGUAUUCUUGCGUAUUGUCAAUCGCGUCUCCGAAAAUGUUACAUUCUUUCAGCAAAGAAGAGAUGCAGUCCGAAGGUUAGGUCUAUCUCCACUACAAAAGUGUACGGCAGCUAUUCGUAUGCUUGCUUAUGGCUGCGCCGCUGACGCCACUGACGAAUAUCUCCGACUUGGUGAAAGCACAUCACUUCCGUGUUUAACUAAUUUCACAGAAAUCAUAAUACAGUUAUUUGGAGAUGAGUAUCUACGAAGACCCACAACAGAGGAUCUUGAACGACUACUCGAUAUUGGAGAGAUACGUGGCUUUCCUGGAAUGAUAGGAAGCAUCGACUGUAUGCAUUGGGAGUGGAAAAAUUGCCCAGCCGCUUGGAAAGGACAGUACACACGUGGAUCAGGAAAGCCGAGAAUUGUCUUGGAGGCUGUCGCUUCACAAGAUCUUUGGAUAUGGUACGCUUUUUUUGGUCCUCCAGGUACCUUAAACGAUAUUAACGUCCUCGAUCGGUCACAUGUUUUUGAUGACAUUUUACAAGGUCGAGCUCCAAUGGUACAAUACGUGGUCAACGGACACCAGUAUGAUAUGGCGUACUACCUCACGGACGGUAUAUAUCCAAAAUGGUCAACAUUUAUCCAAUCUAUCUCACUCCCUCAAGGUCCUAAAGCAGAGUUAUUUGCUAAAAUUCAAGAAUCAACCCGAAAAGAUGUGGAGCGUGCUUUUGGAGUAUUGCAAGCUCGAUUUGCAAUAGUGAAAAACCCGGCUAUUUUGUAGGACAAGAGACAAAUAGGGAUGAUUAUGCGAACAUGUAUCAUACUGCACAAUAUGAUAGUAGAAAAUGAACGCAAUGGAUACACUCAGUAUGAUAUAUCUGAGUUUGAAGAAGGAACCUCGACCAGAAGUUCAAAUGUGGAUGUAUCCGAUUCUCCCGAGAUGCCUCCAAAUCUCGGUAAUAUGCUUCGCAUACGGAGUAAUGUUCGUGAUAGGCAUUACAUGAACAAUUGAAAUAUGAUUUAAUCGAAAAUAUUUGGAACAAGUUUGGUAAUGAUAAAAAUGAAUAAUUAUUGUAUGUUUACAUUUAAUCCUUCAAUAAAUGAAUUUUAAAUUUAAAUGUUUUGCAAAUUUCAUAAUUUUUAAUUUCUAAGAUUCAAUUCAAAAAAAAAAAAAACUAAAGACUCCAUAAUAGAUAACACCAUUGGACAUACAAUUAGGA